UCUCUGCCAGAGACAAACUUUAUCAGUUCAUCCCAAGGAUCAAGAUCAACUGAUUCACUGCUAAAGAGGAGCUCUGUGAGGAUGGCAAAGCUUAUUGUGUGUGUCUCCAUAACACUGGUGCUGCUGGUGGUGCUGUGUGAAAGCAGUCGCCCGAUUCCUUGCUGCACAGAGUACUAUGACAAACGAAUCCCACUGAAAGUGAUAAAAUCCUACAGUGUCCAGGAAAACACAGGUUAUUGCAACAUCAGGGCAGUGAUUUUCAAGUUAAUAAACAAUAGACCUGUCUGUGCCAAUCCUGAUGCAAAGUGGGUGCAAAGGGCCAUGCAGUCUGUACCAAAAAUAUAAAGCAGCAGAUCGUCUGAGGAAAUCAACUUCAAGCCACAAAGACACAAGAUGAAUUUUAUAUGAUAUUUUAAAGUUAAUAAGAAUAUUUUUGUAUGACUAUUUUAAUUACAUUUAAUAAAUGGAAUAUUUUUUUAACAAUA